AAAAAAUUAAAAAAAAUCAAAAUCUUUUUGCAUGACUCAAGGAAAGAAUAAGAAAUUAGGAAAGAAGAAGGGAUAAAAGAAGACCAUUGACCCAUUAGCUAGAAAGGAAUGGUUUGAAUUAACUGCCCCUGUACCCUUCAGCGCUGGUGGAUUUGGCUAUACUUGCAUUAAUAAAUCUGCAGGAACAGGUAGUUAAUUAUAAUAAACCUUUUAGUGGUCGCAACUGAAGCUAUCAAAGGACGUGUAGUUGAGGCAUCCUUAGCUGAUCUUCAAGGAUAAUCAGAUUAAAUGGCAUGGAGAAAAGUUAAAUUAGUUAUCGAUGAUGUUGAAGGUACAAGAUGCAGAACUUCUUUCUAUGGCCUUGAUUCAACUAAGGAUAAGAUCUUUGGAAUGAUUAAAAAGCGUUAAACUUUAAUUGAGGUACUAUAAAUUUAAAAUUCUUCAAUUAGACUUAAGUUGAAGCCAGAUCAUCAGACGGAUAUAUUUUGAGAAUCUUUAUGAUUGCAUUUACCAAGAGCAUUAAAAACCAAUAAAGAAAAACAACUUAUGCUUAAAGAAGUCAAAUCAAAGAUAUCAGAAAAAAGAUUGUUGAAAUUGUCCUUAAGGAAGUAUCUAAGAAAAGCAUCACCUAAUUACUUAAUUUUUUCAAUUAAGAAGCUCUGUCAAAAGAAAUCUUAAAAGCCACAAGAGCUAUCUUCCCACUUUAAAAUAUUACAUUAAGAAAAGUGAAGUUGGUAAAGAGACCUAAGGUUGAUGGUAAUGCUGUUGGUUUAAUUGUUAGCUUAAAAAUUGAGAGAAUUCUAUGAUGAUUCCCAAAGAUCCAAGGGCACAGUUAGAAGACAUGGUUAAGCUGAAGACUAAAGUGCUUUAAAUCUUAUCAAACAAGGAUAAAUUGAUAAGGAAUAAACCAAAUAAGAAUCAGAAUGAUGAAUUUAUUACAGUAUAAACAAAAUAGUACAUAUAUUAGUAAAAC